AUGGCAUUCAACAAUCGCUUCACCUUAGUUUUGUUCAUUGCUCUUGCCUUUAUGAGCAUUGAUAUUGGGCUUGCAACUCGUAAUCUUCUCCAAGCAACAGGCCCACCAAGUAUCCCAAAUUUACCAAAGCCCAAUAUGCCUUCUAUACCAUCACUCCCACAGCCCAACUUUCCAACUCUGCCCACUGGGCUAACUUUGCCUCCACUUCAAACCCUACCCAUUGGGCCCACUAUUCCAAAGCUCAGCUUCCCACCUCUGCCAAGUGUAACCUCACUUCCAAACAUGCCCACAAUCCCAAUUCCAACCACAAUUCCAACCACAAUGCCCUCCAUUCCAUUCCUAGCCCCACCACCAUCUUCUACUUGA